ACUGUUGAUAAUUCCACUAACCUAUUGAACUACACUUUAGGUGAUUAUACUCGGAGCGAUGAUGACGAUAUAGCUGACGGACACUACGUUGGCCGGUUUCUUUUCCAAAAUGCGUCGUUUGUUUUCAGUCUAUGAUUACCCUUUGAUCGACGCGCAGGUUUCACAGUGUACAGAAUACGCGACUUGGUUUUGUGGAGGUCGUUUGAAAACAUUGCGCUGCAAAAGAUCGUGAAAAAUGCCGAGCGCAAUAAACGGCCAAGCUGACUCGGAGGUGGUCCUCACGGGGUUAUCGGGCCGAAUGCCCGAAUCAGAAAACAUCGACGAAUUCGCGCGAAACUUGUUCGAAGGCGUAGACAUGAUUACUGAUGAUGACCGCCGCUGGACACCAGGAUUGCAAGGAUUACCGUUACGGCUCGGCAAGUUAAAAGACCUAAAGCACUUCGAUGCAGCGUACUUCCAUCUAUUUGAAAAACAAGCAGAUGUUAUGGACCCGGGGAUGCGGAUUCUAUUAGAAGUCACUCAUGAGACCAUAGUCGAUGCUGGGUAUAACCCUACUGAGUUGCGAGGAACGAGAACAGGUGUUUAUGUAGGAGUUGGACGCUCCGAAACUUAUGAAGCAUGGGGGAAACUGCACAACAAAUGCAAUGGCUACACUAUGACUGGCGGUAUUGGCGGUAUGUUCCCCAACCAGGUGUCAUAUGCUUUCGACUUGAGAGGGCCAUCGCUCGCUAUAGAUGUCGCUUGUUCAAGCUCUACUUACGCAUUAGCACAGGCUGUUAAUGAUAUUAAAGUGGGCCGUUGUGAUGCCGCCAUAGUCGCUGGUGUGAACAUUUGUUUAGAUCCGGCAACGUCACAAAACUUUUUUAGUUUGAAUAUGCUGGGGAAAGACGGUCGUUGUGCGUCUUUUGAUGAAAGCGGGCGAGGUUAUGUACGCUCCGAGGCAGUGGUGGCCGUGUUACUGCAGCGCAGGAAUGUCGCAAGACGUGUGUACUGCACAGUACAUGCAGCGAGGGUUAAUAAUGAUGGACACAAGCCGCAAGGCCUUACAUAUCCGUCUGGUGAGAUGCAGCGACGAAUAACAAAAGAAACCUAUGAUGAAACUGGCUUGAGGCCGCAAGAUGUCGCCUAUUUUGAAGCACACGGGACUGGCACUAAAGCAGGCGACCCACAAGAGUUGAACGCAGUAGUGGAGCUAUUCUGCAAGAACAGAGGAUCCCCACUACUAAUGGGUUCACUGAAAUCAAAUAUGGGGCACGCGGAAUGGGCCUCCGGGGUCUGUUCCGUCGCCAAAGUGGUGCUGGCCAUGGAGCGAGGAGUGAUCCCCGGGAACCUGCACUAUAAAAACCCUAAUACGGACAUUCCGGCACUCAGUGAUGGCCGGAUACAGGUGGUUGACAAGAACACGUCAUGGCAGGGUGGAGUGGUAUCAGUAAAUUCCUCCGGCUUCGGCGGCGCCAACGCCCACGUGAUCCUCGAAGGGGGGCGCGGGGACCGAUCCCCACCCGCCAAGUACGCUGCCCCUCGCCUUAUCCUCGCUUCAGGCCGUACAGACGAAGCUGUUGAGAAACUCCUCAAACUCGCAGCUGAGAAUCCUCAGGAUGGGGAGUUGCAUGCUUUGAUAGACGCAGUUCACGCUCACGCGAUCCCUAACCAUCCUCGGCGUGGUUACGCCAUCCUGAGUGCGAAUGCUCCUAUAAUAGAGGUGAUGGAUAGUGAGAAUGAGCAUCGGCCUAUCUGGUUUGUGUUUAGUGGAAUGGGCUCGCAAUGGGCUGGUAUGGCGCGUGACCUACUCCGUUUACCAGUUUUCGCUGCAAGCAUCGAGCGUUCAGCGGCAGCUCUCAAACCUUACAUGGAUCUUAAGCAUGUCAUAUCGGAGGCGUCGCCUGAAGAGUUUAAGAAUUUGAUAAACAGUGUAGUGUCUAUCGUAGCCGUGCAGGUGGCGCUGGCUGAUGUGUUGAGGGAGCUUGGAGUGCAUCCGGACGGCAUCAUUGGACAUUCUCUUGGAGAAACUGGCUGCGGUUACGUGGAUGGAACUUUAACGACGGAGCAAACAGUACUGUCCGCGUACUGGCGCGCGCGUUGCACCAUAGAGGCAAACCUACCGUCUGGAGCAAUGGCGGCCGUUGGUCUGUCUUGGGAGGAGACCAAGAAGCGAUGCCCUGAAGACAUUGACAUUGCGUGUCACAACGGUCCUGAGAGCGUUACGAUCUCAGGACCAAAAGCGGCCGUGGAGAAGUUCGUACAGCAGCUCGCAGCAGAUGACGUAUUCGUACGAAUAGUGGACUCCACCGGUGUGGCCUUCCACAGCAGAAGCAUCGCUAGUGUCGCUCCGCAGCUAAGGAAACGUUUGCAGGAGAUCAUACCUCACCCCAAGCCGAGGAGCCCACAUUGGCUGUCUUCGUCUAUACCGCAAGACAAGUGGGACUCUGACUUGGCCCGCUUAAGCAGCGCGGAUUACAUCGUGAACAACCAGCUCUCCCCCGUUCGCUUCGCCAGCGUCCUGGAUCUUAUCCCGCCGCGAGCAAUACUCAUUGAGUUGGCACCUCAUGCAUUACUACAAGCAGUGUUGAAACGAGCGCUGCCUGAAGCGGUACAUGUCCCGCUUGUGAGGAAAGAUGCCCCUGAUGCUUUGGUACAUUUGUUGGCAGCUGUGGGGAAAAUUUAUGCAGCAGGCGCGCAACCUCAGGUAUCCCGUCUCUACCCUCCUGUAUCCUGGCCCGUAUCUCGCGGCACACCCGGACUCGCGUCGCACAUCAGUUGGGACCACUCCAUCGAAUGGAGCGUUGUCGAUCCCACUACCGCCGCCCGCACUGGUGAGAACAUCAUCGAAUAUGACCUGACGAAGCCUGAGGAAGAGUUUAUUGCCGGCCACAAUAUUGAAGGGAGGGUGUUGUUCCCUGCUACUGGAUAUCUCACGCUGAUAUGGCGCACAAUCGCAAAGAUGAAUAAUCAAGAUAUCGAGCAGUCAGCAGUCGUACUUGAGAACGUAAACAUCCGACGCGCAACCAUAAUGUCUCGCGAAGCACCUGUGCGUUUUCUUGUUUCACUCCUAGAUGGCACUGGAGACUUCCAAAUCAGUGAAGGUGGUGAAGUGGUAGUCAGCGGUACAGCACGGCUUACUUCUAACGCUUCCACUGAGCGCUUAUCCGCUAACGCUUUAGCUGAGGGCGAAGAAAUGGACAUUUCUCAGGAACUUUCACUGGAUCCUGAAGACAUUUAUAAAGAUUUACGCCUCCGUGGUUAUCAUUAUAAAGGAAUAUUCCGUGGAAUUAAGAGCUCUGAUGCUCGUGGACUUAAAGGCUUGCUCAAUUGGGAAGACAAUUGGAUAUCGUUUAUGGAUACAGCGUUACAGUUUGGCCUGAUCGGAGCGGAUACGCGUGAUUUAUAUUUGCCGGCUCGUAUAGAGAGAGUAGUUAUUGACCCAGCAGCACAGCGUAAAGAAGUAGCCUCGGCUACAGAUGGAGCUUUACCUGUAAAACGCUAUCCAAGUAUUGGAGUCAUUGUGGCUGGUGGUGUAGAAUUCAGAGGUUUGACAACUACGUUGGCACCGCGUCGUAUCAACAUCCAAGCACCGCCCAAGCUUGAAAAAUUUGUGUUUCUACCUUUCGACGGUGUGUUUGAGGACAAAAGGCAUGCACUGACUGCUGCAGUACAGUUGGUGAUUGAGAACUUUGGAGUGCAGCAAUUCAAGAUUGCGGAAGCGGCAUUGAAGCGGCCCGUGGAAGCGCUACUGUUGCCUCAAGUGGUGCAAGAUUUUCAAGGAGAGCCUGCGGUCCGCGUGAGUGCCACGCUCGCGGCCGGGGUCGACGCGUCACGCUACAGCGCUGUUACGAGUUCACUGGGAGUUAGGGUAACUGACAGAGAAGCGUCAGACGGCGGGCUAGAGAAAGAAUGUCAUCUAGUGAUGGGUGCUGAUGUAUUAUCACGGCCUGAGGUGUUAUGCCCGUUGGUUGCAGCAAGCGUCGGGUUCAUACUGCUCGAGGAAGAAGUGCACUUGGUUGACAAAUGCGAUAAAACGAUGGUGGAAAAUGGCUUAUCGCUGGUAUCACGUGCCCGAACCGGGUCACGAGAGUACAUCCUCCUGCGUCGCACUACAACUUUGCCUUCGACAAGAAUAAUACUAGAAGCACGAAACGACGACUUCUCCUGGGUGGACACACUAAAAGACGCCAUGAAGCGCGUCCAAACUGAAGACUCGCGUGUAUAUGUGUGGUCAAGCGAUCACGAUUCUGGAGUUCUUGGUUUAGGGACAUGUUUAAGACGCGAGCCUGGAGGUGAUAAAAUACGCUUUUAUUAUAUGCCUGGGGGUCAUAGUUUUGAUCCUGAUGUGUAUAGAGAGCAGGUGGAGAAAGAUUUGACCUUCAACGUGCUGAAGGACAACGUUUGGGGAACAUUUCGUCAUCUGCCGCUGGAUAUUGCUGGCACUUGCAAGAAGGUUGAGCAUGCAUACGUGGACGCGAUAACCAGAGGCGAUCUGUCCUCGCUCCGCUGGAUCGAAAGCGACCUGCGUCACGCAUCGUUAACGCCCCGGCGCCCGAGCACAGACCUGUGCACUGUUUACUACGCGUCACUCAACUUCAGAGAUGUGAUGAAUGCCACUGGCAAGUUGUCGUCCAUGGCAACAAUCGGGACGCUGGCUAAAAUGGAAAACUCUAUCCUUGGCUUAGAGUUCAGUGGCCUUUCUUCCACUGGAAAACGCGUGAUGGGCAUAGUGACCCGUGGUCUAGCGACGUCAGUGAUGGCCGAUACAAGCUUCCUGUGGGAAGUGCCAAAUCACUGGUCUUUGGAAGAAGCGGCGACCGUGCCAAUAGCUUACGCGACGGCGUAUUACGCGCUGGUCGUGCGUGGUCAUAUGCGGCGGGGCGAAGCAGUGUUAAUACAUGCGGGUGCUGGAGGAGUAGGGCAAGCGGCUAUUACUGUAGCUCUUAACGCUGGAUGCACUGUAUUUACAACCGUGGGUUCUCCAGCUAAGCGUGCCUUUCUACGUGAGCGCUUUCCGCAACUCUUAAACGCUAACAUCGGGAAUUCACGUGACUGCUCUUUUGAACAACUAGUGCAGCGUCGAACGCAAGGACGCGGUGUUGAUCUUGUUCUCAACUCGCUUGCUGGUGACCAGCUUCAAGCCUCACUCCGCUGUCUUGGAGAGCGAGGACGCUUCCUCGAAAUUGGAAAAGUCGAUCUUAUCGCCAACUCAGCCCUAGGCUUAAGCUUGCUGCUUAAAAACACUUCGGUACAAGGCAUAUUGCUAGAUGCGUUGUUCCCAUUGCCAGCUGAUGACCCUGAGAAGGUGGAAGUGGUACGAUGCGUGGCCGAGGGCAUAGCCGCUGGCGUUGUGCGUCCGCUACCGACCACUGCUUUUGGAGAGGACCAACUCGAGCAGGCUUUCCGGUACAUGGCUACAGGCAAACACAUCGGCAAGGUGCUGAUCCGUGUGCGUGAUGAAGAAGCGAACGUGGAACAGCCGUCACGGCUGAUACCCGCCUUGCCGCGGACCUACAUGCAUCCUGGAAAGAGCUACGUUCUCGUCGGUGGUUUAGGUGGCUUCGGUUUAGAGCUAGGCAACUGGCUGGUCCGCCGUGGAGCGCGCACGUUGGUGUUUAAUUCGCGCAGCGGCGUACGGACCGGUUAUCAGGCUUUAUGUAUCCGCAGAUGGUCUUCAUCAGGAGUCCACAUAUUAGUUUCAUCAAAAGACACCACGACGGCUGCAGGUGCGCGCGCGCUGCUGGAGCAGGCGGCGGCGCUGGCCCCUGUUGGUGCCAUUUUCAACCUUGCUGCCGUGUUGAGAGAUGCGUUUUUCGAGAAUCAGACCCCGGAAGCCUUCCAAGCUGUCGCUAAGCCAAAGAUUGAAGCGACCCGCGCUUUGGACAUCGCAUCACGCGAGCUAGCACCAGAACUGGAGCAUUUCGUCAUAUUCUCUUCUGUAUCAUGUGGACGCGGCAACGUUGGUCAGACCAACUAUGGUUUAGCAAACAGCGCUAUGGAGCGCUUAUGCGAGCAGCGAAGAGCUGACAAACUCCCUGGAUUGGCUGUUCAAUGGGGCGCUAUUGGGGACGUAGGGCUAGUAGCAGCGAUGGCUGAAGAUGCGGUAGUUGGCGGUACCGCGCCGCAGCGUAUAACGUCUUGUCUGCAGACGCUGGACGUGGUGCUGGGACUGCCACACGCGGUGGUGGCGUCGAUGGUGUUAGCGGAUGAGCAGAGGCCGCAGGAAAAACCGGCGCAAGACCUGGCGCAAGCUGUUGCGAAAGUUUUAGGCAUCAGAGACGUGAAGAAGGUAUCAGAAACAGCGACUCUGGUCGAGCUAGGAAUUGAUUCGCUCAUGGGUGCAGAAAUUAAGCAGACUCUAGAACGAAGCUACGACGUCGUGCUAAGUGUACAAGAAGUAAGGGAUCUCACGUUCACGAAGCUAAAAAGUAUGGCCGAUGAUGCGUCUACGACAAGUUGAAGUUAGAUUAGGUUAUGUUAAAUUAUCAUACGCAUCUAAUCUUAUUUUAUUUUAUCUUUUCUUAUCUUAUUUUAUCGAUUAUUAUCUUAUGUUACCGUACCUAAUCUUUUCUUAUUUUAUUUUAUCUUAUAUUAUGAUUUCGGGGCCCUUACGGAUACACUUCGACCCACCGGGAUCUCAUGUGCUAUCGUUCUCUCAAGACCAACCUCUUACCUACCCGAGAGCUUUUCUAACCAUCUACAUGAUUAGAUUAGAUUUAUUUAUUUCACAACAUACAAUUACAGUACAGUACAGUCGAUUCCUUCGGCUCCAGAUAGCCAGCUGGAAAGUUCUUCAUUCUCAACUAUUUUUUAUUUAGCUUGGACCAACUCUACCCGAGUUGCAUGCUACACGAUUUUAAAAAUAUAUUAUAGGUAUACAUACUCGUAAUAUACUUUUACAGUACAUAUGGUGCUACUUUACCGCACUAAUGCGAAAAUUAGCAUAUUACGUUACUAUGUCAAACAUUUAAUGGGCCAUAUGUACUGUAAAACGUUGUACGAUACAUGUGCGAAUAGGUAAUUCGCAACUCGUGUCGAUUUAAAACACUCCUUUCGGUCGUGUUUUAAUUUAUCGCCACUCGUUUCGAAUUUCCUAUUUUUCGCACUUGUAUCGUAAUGUACUAUUAAAAUCAUGUGGCAUACAACCCACCGCUGCCAACCGCUCAUGUUCCCCCUUAGAAUAUUUUUUUGUAUUCAUUGUAGGUAAUCAUAGAUCAUAUAUUAUUUAUACAUGGACGGAACUGAAGUAGGUAUACUAAAUUACUGUGGGAACAACUUAUUAUGUGUGGUGAAGACAAGUUAUUUUCUCAUUUACAUUUUACAUUCUUCAUUUAUUUAUUAAGGUGACAUGUCAGGUAAAUAAAAUUAAGUAAAUUAUAGGUUUAAGGUGCGACCAGACCGCAGCUUAAAAAACGGUCACGAUACGAAAUCGCAGUGACGCGUCGUAUGCGUACCGUUUUUGACGCAUGCUCCCCACACCGCUGCUUAAAAAACGGUGACGGUACGGAAUCGCAGUGACGUGUUUCACGCGAAUCUUUUUUGUUCGCAAAUCUUUGCGUCUUUUACGUCACCGGUGUGGUGUCUGCCAUAAUAUCUCCGUGUAAUAUUUUUUGCGAUUUUUACGCAGAUCAAUUUACGGUGCGUCAGCGUAUUUUAAGCAAGUGUGGGAAAAACGGUAC